AUGCACAAGAGUAUAAAUUCUCCCCUGGAAGUUAAAGAAAAUGAGAACAGAUACCCUGAAGAGAGGGAAGAAGCCUCUUUGCCUGAUCUGCCAAAAGACCAGAAAAUUUGCAAAGUAAUUAAAUCAAAAGUCAUCAAGGCAUCCGAGAAGGAGAAUUUGAGUGAUGAAAACCAGGAGCAGUUGCAAAAAUGCAACCUGAAGCACACCAGAGUCCUGGGGAAGGAAUCACAGCCCAGCAAGGAGGAUGUUGAUAACUGUCAGGUUUCUGAGUGCUCUUUUGAGAUGCUGAAAGGUGAUGUGGCUGGUGAACAUCCUUUGCCUUUGAACAGCAAGGAAAAUGUUCCAAGAAGUAGACCUGUUUCUUGGGGGGAUGAAUGCUACUUGACACCUACAAGGGACAAAGCAGAAGAAAAAUCUGAUUGUGGAAUAUCAGAGGAGCAGAGGAAAACACCUGUUGAUUUUGCAGCUGCAACAAUUGCUGAAUUGGGGAUUACUCAGAAAAGUUUUACUAAACGAUCUGGGAAGUCUCCAACUUCACUGAAGUACAGACGAAGAUCAGCAAUUGGAGUUCGGGGCUCCCCAGAAAACAACACCCUUAUCAGGUACCUGGCCCAGCAGAGAAGCAACAGGCAAAGAGAAGCUGUUAGGCUGCAGGUUAGUCCUUUCAGACAUGAAAAUGUCAGGUCACUGAAGGAGAAGCUGGAUGCCUUUCAGACAUCUUUUGCAUCAGUACAAGAAGCUGAAGGGGACACUGGCUUCUCUGAGCUGUCACAGGUGGAUGAUGCUGCCCAGGAAGCAGCUUCUUGUUCUGAUGUAUCAGAUCCAAGCAGAGACCAAAUUAUUUUUGUGGAAGAGCUGAGCCUGGUAAUACCUGAUGAAAGGGAGCCCCCUGUCACCUCACACACUACAGCUCCCACCACCCCACUGCAGGCAGGAAACACUUCAUUAAACGAACACACACCCAGGGGCCUCCAUCUGCGGUCGGUGUUAAAGAAAACUCCAGUGAAGCAGCUAAUGGAAAAGAAAUAUUCAAACGGUGCAGUUGAUGGAGGAGGUGAAUCUCUCACAGUCUCCAGUUGUGCUACCAUCUCUGAAGCUCUGCAAACAGAAAAUACUGAAAGAUACAGCUCUGAAAAGCCAAAGAAAAGAGUUACUUUUGGAGAAGUUCUGAGCCCAGAAAUAUUUGAUGAAACUUUGCCUGCAAACACUCCCUUGCGCAGAGGAGCGACUCCAGCCCGGCAGGCAGGGCUGCAGAGCAACAGCCCUUCUGCAAGGGCAGCUCUCCCUGAACAACCAUUACCCCAGCCAGACUUUGAUUGCAGUGAUGAAUGUGUUGAGCCUCCUCAAGAGUUAGUGGAGGAUCCUGUCGCUGCAGAAGACCUCAUACCUGCUGCAAAUGCAGAAGCAGAAACUGACAAAUGUGAUGUGAUUAGAACUCGUUCUACUAGAAGAAAGAGUAGCACCAUUUUAGAGGAGACUGAUUUUACCAUCUCACAAGCCACAGAUCCUAAUGCUAAAGACACUAAAAAUCCCAGAAAGAGCAAGUUUCAACAACAGAAGAAUGUGACCACAUCUGCUGCCAAAAAAACACAAAAAGCAAGACAAACUAAGUUUGGGAAAAGAAGAAAGAAAAAAGUAAAAAAAGCUUUAUAUGGGGAAAGAGAGAUGGCUUCUAAGAAACCUCUUCUCAGCCCUAUCCCUGAAGUUCCAGAGUUCUUCUCUUUUGUCCCAUCUCCAAACUCAUCUCCAAACUCACCCGACACAAUUUCACUUUUUUCAGAGGAUGUGUUUUUAGAUAAUACCAGAUCUUGGAACACUCACAAGGAUGUUCAACAGUAUCCAGUGGUUGAAAGAAUGAGAGAGAAAACCAGCUGUGCAGUUCCUGUGUGUCCAAGCUCUGUGGACCUGGACAUGGCAGAAGCCAGCAGUUCCAGUGACACAGAAUUCCAGGUAUCUCCUGGGGAUCAGAAGUCUGUUUCUGGCAUUGAUCAAGAGCUUUCAAACAUUGUGCCAGAUGCAAAUUGUGGUUUUGCUACAUCUGACUAUUUACAAGAAGGCAAAGAGACUGCAUGUGCAAAAGAAGCAAAUGAAGGUGGUUCCUUAAUAGACAAUGAGAAAUCACAGGGAAGUCCCCUAAAUAAGGUAGGGCAGCUAACUGGGCUCAAAUUGCUAGAACAGCAGGACACUGAUGUACAUGAGGGUGCCCAAAGAACUCAGUCUCCACAGAAGGAUUUUAUCAGAGGUAGUCCACCAAGAAGAAGAAGAAAAAGAAGAAGUAGUUCCAUCUAUUUUCCUCCUGUUGAAAAAUUGGAAAUAACUGGAAACGAUCUUGCAGUUUAUUCUUACAAUGUGGAGGAAAUCUUAUCCUGUCCUCAGCCCAAAAAGGACUCCUCAGAGCCUUGUAGAAAAAAGAGUGAGAAUGGUAGUGAACACAGAGUGAGGCGCAGCAUGAGAUUACAUAAAGGUGCAGAAAUGGAAGGACUUGCAUGGAUUCAAGUACCCAGUGAGAUGCAAGGGAACCCUCCCCUGCCAGCUUCUGCUGGCAAAGGCAGGAGAACAAGAAGCACAUCCAUCCUGACAGAGAAUAUUCACUACAGGGAACAAAACCUCACCCAGUGUUCAGCACCAGGGAAGGAAAACACUGACUCUGCUCAGCUGGCUGAUGGUCCGUGCAAAAGAUGGAGGAGGAAAAGCUUGUGUGUGUCCACACUUCAAGAAACAAGAACUUGGUUUCAAACCCGGAAAAAGAGCAUGCCAAAUUCUGAAAGGAGCCUCAGAAGUAACCAAAACCAUUAUGAAGAGGUAGAAAAAUCUCUUUGA